AUGAGCGACGCCCAAGCCAGCGACGCUGAGAAGAACAUUGAGAUAUGGAAGGUGAAGAAGCUGAUUAAACGCCUCGAGGCGGCUCGUGGCAAUGGCACCAGCAUGAUUUCGCUCAUCAUUCCCCCAAAGGAUCAGGUUUCCCGUGCGGCCAAAAUGCUGGCUGAAGAAUAUGGUACUGCAUCCAACAUCAAGUCACGAGUCAACCGACAGUCUGUGCUCUCGGCCAUUACCUCGACCCAGCAGCGUCUCAAGCUCUACAACAAGGUGCCUCCCAAUGGCUUGGUCAUCUACUGUGGUGAAAUUCUCACUGCCGAGGGCAAGGAGCGAAAGGUCAACAUUGACUUCGAGCCCUUCAAGCCCAUCAACACGUCCCUGUACCUCUGCGACAACAAGUUCCACACAGAAGCCCUCGCCGAGCUGCUCGAGUCCGACCAGAAGUUCGGUUUCAUCAUCAUGGACGGUAACGGCGCCCUCUUCGGCACCCUGAGCGGAAACACUCGUGAGGUCGUUCACAAGUUCUCGGUCGAUCUCCCCAAGAAGCACGGCCGUGGUGGCCAGUCCGCCCUUCGUUUCGCCCGUCUUCGAGAGGAGAAGCGACACAACUACGUCCGCAAGGUCGCCGAGUUGGCGGUGCAGAACUUCAUCACCAGCGACAAGGUCAACGUUGCCGGUAUCAUUCUUGCUGGUUCGGCCGACUUCAAGAACGACCUCAACGCCUCGGACAUGUUCGACAACCGAUUGCAGUCCAAGGUCAUCAAGGUUGUUGACGUGUCAUACGGUGGCGAGAACGGCUUCAACCAGGCCAUCGAGCUGUCCGCUGAGACUCUUGGCAAUGUCAAGUUUAUCCAGGAGAAGAAGCUCAUCGGCAAGUACUUUGAGGAGAUUUCGCAGGAUACUGGCCGUGUUUGCUUCGGUAUCGAUGAUACCCUCAAGGCCUUGGACCUCGGUGCUGUCGAGACCCUGAUAGUGUUUGAGAGUCUCGAGAUCACCCGCUGGGUCCUCAAGGAUAGCCAGGGAAGCGAGGUUAUCCUCCACACCACCAAGGAGCAGGAACAGAACAACCGCGAGAAGUUUAUGGACAAGGAGACAGGCCAGGAGAUGGAAAUCGUCUCGCAGGAAUCGUUCCUCGAGUGGAUUGCCGAACACUACCGCGACUUCGGUACGACUCUCGAGUUUGUGUCGGACAGGUCAACCGAGGGCAACCAGUUCGUCAAGGGCUUCGGUGGUGUGGGCGGCAUCCUGCGCUACAAGGUCAACUUUGAGCAGCUGGCCGACCUCGACGAGGAUGAUGAUGACUUUUACGACGAUUGA